UAUGUAUUACGAUCGGCUAUAUAACAACUGGUUAGCUGAUGCUUUCUAUCAUAUGUCAAACGACAUCGUUAAGUCACUAACAGCAUAGCUAGACGCGAUUUUUCUGUGCUUGAUCAAUAUAUCUGCAGGAACUAUGACAAUCGGCAUUGUUAUUGCCCUGACCACGACUGUCAUGCUGAACUACCUCAACAUCUCCGCUGAUGCCUGUCAGCCGAAGUAUUGGGCUGAUGGAUGCAGCCAUGUCGCCAACUUAUGGUUCAAAGCUGACUGUGACAAACACGACAUAUGCUACGCUUGCGGCAACGGGCGGAGUGUUUCACGCCUGAACUGCGAUGACCGUUGGUAUGACAACAUGAUGAACUCGUGCAGUGCGGUGCAUUGGUUUGGACGAUGGUUUUGUCAGAUGAUUGCUUGGAUUUACUACCGAGUAGUUCGGGACUGGGCAGAGAAGUCUUAUAGAGCUCCGUCCGUUUGGUUUUGCGGCGAAGCCUGGGUGCCCGCGUGUGUGUGAUGAUACAAAGUAUAUUUUGUGUAUGCUAUAUGCUUAAAAAGUUGAUACUUACAAAUACAUUUAUCUUGUACUUGAA